AUGGCCCUCCCCGGCCUUUCCCUCCCAGGCCUAGGACAAACUUCAUCAACACCAUCGGCACAAGUAGAGAACACAAUUCAAGCAUCACGGACCAAGAAUCUUCAAGCCAGAACAGAAUGGCGAUUCGAAGUUGCUUUCGGUCAACAAUACAGCAUCAAGCUCGAAAGCGGCCUCGCCGAGCUUUUCGGCGUGGAAUUGGCUCUGAAGCAAGUCUACACUUUCACAGGAUGCAAAGCCGCAGUUCUCACCUGGACAGGAUGUCAACUUGAAGUCACCGGAAAUGCUGAGAGCGAGUAUGCUGGACAGGAAACCGAUUAUGCUGUGGAAUGGUUGAACGUGUAUGGGAUGCUAGAGACGAUGAGAGCGCAGAAUCAGGUGGAUGGGCCGAGAGUGCUAGUUGUCGGUCCUGAUUCUGUAGGAAAGUCUAGUCUUGUCCGGAGUUUGGCGGCGUGGCAAGUACGCAGUGGACAUAAUCCUACAGUGAUCAAUCUGGAUUCUCGAGAAGGACUACUAGCGCCACCAAGCAGUUUGACGGCGGUGACAGUUGAUUCACAGAUGGAAGUGGACGGAGGAUAUGGCAUUGCGCCAAUGUCUGGACCAACGCUCUCCCCCGUGAGAGCACCACUCAUCUAUCACUUUCCCUGGCAGUCUCCACUAGAGAAACCCGACGUCUACAAAGCUGUAAUCACUCGACUUGCAUUGACAGUCACGAACAAACUCGAGGACAACCACACCACAAAACGAAGCGGCAUUAUUGUGGACACUCCCGGUUCCCUCAACGAUCCCAGGAGCAACUACGAUCUACUCGCACAUAUUGUCUCGGAGCUUAGCAUCAACAUUGUGCUCACAAUCGGCUCGGAGCGGCUAGCGAGUGAUUUGAGUCAAAGAUUUGGUUCCAGUAAAACCCCGGAAGAGACCGUGACUGUAAUCCGCGUUGCGAAACCUGGAGGCGCCGUCGAGCGAGACGCCGGCUUCUCCAAAGAACUGCGGAAACAACAGAUCAGGACUUACUUCUUCGGUCCUGGUAACUCUCUCAAUCCGCAUUCACAUUCAAGCCCAUUCGACGCAAUUGAGUUGUUUGCUGCAGGAGGGGAGACUUCAUUCGAAAAGACGAAACCCAUGCCCGAAAUGACAGGUAGUCUGAUGGCCAUCAAGCACUGCGUCGGGAAGAGCAGCGCAGAUGACGUCAAAGUCAGCGCGGUGAAGGGGUAUUUGUUCGUGGCGGAAGUGGAUGAAUUGAAGCGCAGAGUGAGAUUCCUGGCUCCUCAUCCGCAGACUUGGGGUGACCGGGCUUUAGUCUUGAGCCAAGGGUGGCCAGAGGCUGUUGGAGAUCUAUAG